AGUGCUGAUCAUCGUAGUGAGGCUGACUGCAGGAGCAGAGACCCAAGGAGCUACUGCUUGAAACGCCCUGCAUCCUCCCCUACCUUCCAUCUCCAUCUCUCUCUCUAUCCUGCAUGUGAAGCAUGGAUUCGAUUUACAUUUUUCUUGUGCUACUUGUUUCCCAAACCUAUUUUCCAGCCUCUGCAGACAGGAAAUUCGGUUGUCUGUUUGAGAACGAGUUGUGCUCUCCGUACGAGAUCUGUGUCAACGAUGGGAUGUUCGGGAGGUGUCACUCCAAACCAGUUCCGGGGACAGAGGUGUACACCUAUGACGUAUCUCUGUCUGUGGUUCAGCACUUCAGGACACUGCUGCAGAAACUCUCCCACAGAGGGUUGAUCUGGGAGGAUGAGGCCACCCAGCAGAUCCUGUCCAAGGAGCUGUCUAAGCUGAGGAAGAUCCCCUACAGACACCUACAGGACUCCAGCCCGCAUGUCUAUAGCAGCAGCAAAUCCAGACCCUCUACCCAGGCUAUGGACCCAGGAGACCAAAAGAUCAAGCCUGUGGAGGUGGAGCUCAGUAGAAACCUUCAGAACGUCCUACAGCAUCUGGGCCUCCUUUCCCAGGCCUCGUCCCCCACGGGCCCCAAGAGUCCCAGCAAGAGUGACCUUUACCAAUCUGGCGUCUUCUCUGACUACUACCGGCCCAAGUCCCAGGGAGAGGGACAUUUUCCCCCACUGUCCUUAUUCCAGCCUCCCUACCAGGACAGACACUCUGCAGGGGAUGGAGACCUCCUUGUAGCUGCCCUUAGGCACUACCUGUCUGCGCAGGGACCGCCCCAGACCGGGGGGGGCCCCAAAGUCCCAACCUUGCCCUCCCCGCUACGCCCCUCCUACAGCAACAGUAUAGACAGUGCUGGGCCUAAAGAGAACUCUCAAUCCCAAACACCCAACGUGGAUAGACUUUUACUCAUCCAGACAGCUGGAGCCAGUCAACCCUCUAGUCCAAAAGAACCCUUCAGUCCAAUGGAUGAGGUGUUCAUCCAGAAGGUUCUGAAGAACGUGGGCAGACACAAUGUGGACGUGGACGACAUGAGUCCAAAAGACAUGGACCAGCUGUCGACACUGAUCGCUAACGCCCUACAGGUAGUGGAUAAAAAACAUCCCCAGGCCAGACCAGGACCAAGAGACCUGGGGGAGGAAGAGGAGCAGGAGGAUGAGGAAGGGAAUGAGGGGCCUGGAGAACAGGGGCCCGGGGAACAGGAGGAGGAGGAGGAGAAGGAGGACAGUGACCCUCCAUCCGCCACAGAGAAAACAGCUCCGGAGAGCACUCUCCUAGAGGAGUCUGUGGUCCAAGAGCGACAAAUGGAGGGAGACAGAGAGCCAGCAGGCUCCAAUGACAAGCCCCAGGAUGCCGCCGGCUUAUUUGCAAAGCUCCUGGCGUACCUGGAUAAGAGUGAGUCCCCAGCCCAGAGACUCCGGGGAGAUUCCCCCGGCCAGGCUGGUGUGGCUGCAGGGCUGGGCAAGGGCAGGGAUGUCGGUCUGGAGAAUGUCCGCAGUAAGACCACUCUGGCCGAGGUGAAGACCAUAUUACCCAGACAGUUGCAAGAAAAAGCGGCAGUGCAAAAGAAGUCGACCCACUCAAUGGACGUGGAGGAGGUGGCUGCGGUGGAGGGCUGGAUCCAGGCAGUGGAGCCUCCAGCUGCCAAGAUGGUCUACCAGGAGCCCCUUAAGAAGAAAGUGAACGUCCAGGAGCCCUUUAAGAAGAAAGUGAACGUCCAGGAGCUGCAGCUAGAUGUCAAAGCUGCUGUGGCCACGAAGAAAACAACUGAUGAUGACUACGGCUAUGUCAUCACUGACACAGUCGCGCUACAGACUGAUGAGGGACUCCACUUGAUGGAGAUUCUGGCACGGCGGGCCAAGCUGCAGAUGACUGACUUCCUGGAGCUCUCAGUGGUGGGCCCAGCUGUGACCUUCAGAGUACGACCUAAUACCCAGAAUGUCAGCACUGCAGAUGUGGCCAACGUAGCAGUUCGCCAGAAGGAUGCAGUGGAGAAGGAGGCCAAGGUGAUCAUUCUGGAGGCUGGAAUCACAGAUAGAAGCCAGAUCAGCCAGAUUCCCACCAAGUACAGCGCAGCCGAGUCCGCCAAGUUCCUGAUCCUGACAGUGGUGUCUAUCCUUUGCAUCGUGGCUGUGCUGCUGGCCUCCAUCGUGGUCUACUGCCUCCGACACCACUCUUACCUCAAGCUCAAGGAGAAACUCACCAGCCUGGGAACAGACACAGGCAGCGAUGCUACGUCCACCUAUCAAGAACCGUGUCGUCAGCGGAUGUCGGUCAAGCCGCCGGCGGAGUGUCCAGAGCCGAUGCACAGUGUGGCGCCCCAGUUCAGCGACGGGGGGCCCAUCGUCAGCCCCUCGGCACGAAGCUCCACCUCCUCCUGGUCUGAGGAACCCGUCCACUCUAACAUGGACAUCUCCACUGGUCACAUGAUCCUGUUUUACAUGGAGGACCACCUGAAAAACCAGAAUCGUCUGGAGAAGGAGUGGGAGGCUCUGUGUGGGUACCAGGCUGAGCCCAACGCCUCCACUACAGGCCUGGGGGCCGGGAACACAAAGAAGAACCGCUCCAAUGCUGUGGUGGCCUAUGAUCACUCAAGAAUAACCUUGAAGGUUGAAAACAGCCAAGGCAAUUCAGAUUACAUCAAUGCCAGCCCAGUUAUGGACCACGACCCACGGAACCCAGCCUACAUUGCUACUCAAGGCCCUCUCCCCUCCACGGUGUCUGAUUUCUGGCAGAUGGUGUGGGAGAACGGCUGUGUGGUCAUUGUCAUGCUGACGCCCCUCACUGAGAGCGGAGUCAAACAGUGCUACCACUACUGGCCUGACGAGGGGUCCAACCUUUACCACAUCUAUGAGGUGAACCUGGUGUCGGAGCACAUCUGGUGUGAUGAUUUCCUGGUUCGUAGUUUCUACCUGAAGAACAUGCAGACCAACGAGACGCGCACCGUCACACAGUUCCACUUCCUCACCUGGCUCAACCAGAACGUCCCUGAGUCCAGCAGGACUCUCCUGGACUUCCGCCGAAAGGUUAACAAGUGCUACCGGGGAAGGUCUUGUCCUAUAAUAGUCCACUGCAGCGACGGCGCCGGGAGGAGUGGAACAUACAUUCUGAUUGACAUGGUUCUCAAUAAGAUGGCUAAAGGUGCUAAGGAGAUUGAUAUUGCUGCCACCUUGGAGCACUUGAGGGACCAGCGGCCGGCUAUGGUCCAGACAAAGGGGCAGUUUGAGUUUGCAUUGACAGCUGUCGCAGAGGAGGUGAACGCCAUACUCAAAGCUCUUCCACAGUGAGAGGAGUACCCACUACCGAGCCUCAGCAGCAGCUCUCACCGGGGAUCUCUCUCCUUCCCUCUUGUCCUCCCAUUCCACAACUCCUCCUCUCUACCUCUCCUCCACCUCUCCGUCUUUGUGGAUGCCGUGCGAGAAAGUGUGACCUGAUCUUAGCUGUGCAAUAUGGCGCCUUUAUUGUUUUGUCUGUGGAGCUUGUUUCCAAACAGACAAUUUAGAUCAUCGAGAUUUUGACUGAUUGAAAAAAAGUUUCAUCUGUUAAAUGAUUGGAAUAUAUUAAUCACGGGAAUCUUGUUUUUAGAUUUCUAUGUGUGUGUGUGUAAAUGAGUAUAUUGGUCAUCACAUCUGAAUCAUAGGACAUGUUUAAGUUUGAUGUCUUUUUUUCACUUUGGUCCCGUGUACUGAACCAUACCAUGUAAUGUAGAUCAGAAGGAAAACUGCUCAGUUAGGUCAAGUGAAUACUGAUAACAAUUCUAGUUACCAUAGUGAUAAUGAUACCAAGCAAUAUGUGUUUCCUCAGAUUGUUGAGACCUGGGCAAAUAAGUGUAAGUUGUGGACAACGAUUGUGAGUAAACCAAAUGUAGUUACGCUAAUGCCUGCCUCAAGUAAAGCAGUUCUAUGAA